AUGACGCCCGCCACGGUCGAGGACGGCCCUGUGCCUGUACAAGCAAUCGAUCCGGAGAUCGAGAAGCGAGUCCGCAGAAAGCUGGACAUGAAUCUCGUCCCACUGGUCUCAGCACUGUACUUGCUCGCCUUCCUCGACCGUUCGAACAUCGGCAAUGCCCGCAUCGCCGGCAUGGAAACAGACCUCCAUUUCAAACCGGGAGAAUAUGACUGGCUCCUCACCAUCUUCUAUAUCUCGUAUAUCUGCUUUGGUUUCCUGGCUAUAAUGUGGAAAGUCGUGCCGCCACACUACUGGGCCGCGGCCUGCGUCUUCACGUGGGGCCUGGUGUCUACAGUGCAGGCAGCGGCAAACUCAUGGGGUGCUAUGAUGGCGUUGAGGUUUAUCAUGGGCGCAUCUGAGGUCGCGUACGGCCCGGGUGUGCCGUUCUUGCUGUCGUUCUUCUACUUACGAGACGAACUUGGACUCCGGAGCGGACUGUUUCUAAGCGCUGCGCCGCUGGCAAAUACGUUUGCAGGCGCACUGGCGUAUGCGAUUACGAGCGGCAGUCCAGCGAUGGCGAAGUGGAGAGUGCUUUUCCUUGUGGAGGGGCUACCAACUGUUGUCAUGGCGGGUGUGGCGUUUUUCUUCCUGCCCGAUAGUCCAGAGAAGGCGCGCUUUCUGAAUGAGGAAGAAAGAGAGGUUGCAAGAGCACGAGGAGUGAGACAGGCUGGUGAAGCGCCUCGCAUUGGUGUGCCCAACAUCAAAGAGUUCUUUGCUGGGUUAGUGGAUCUCAGGGGCUGGAUUCUGGGGUUGAUGUAUUUCUCCUGCAACGUAGCUUUCUCAAGUCUGCCUGUGUUUCUGCCAACAAUUCUAAAGGAGAUGGGCUUCAGCAGCGUCAACGCGCAGGGUCUGACAGCACCUCCAUUCUUCGUCUCGUUCCUCAUGGUCAUUGCGACAUGCUACAUCGCCGACCGUACACAGCAGCGCGGGUUCAUGAUUGCGUCGCUUACCGCUAUCGGUGGUGUUGGAUACGUGAUACUGGCCACAUCGCACUCGGUCGGCGCUCGUUACUUUGGCGUGUUCCUGGCUGCAGCAGGCAUCUUCCCCGCGAUUGGCAAUAUUCUACCAUGGGUGACCAACAACCAGGGUUCAGACACUCGACGCGGAGCUGGUAUUGUACUGCUUAACCUCAUUGGGCAGUGCGGGCCUCUACUUGGCACGCGGAUGUACCCAACACAUGAGGGACCAUUCUAUGUCAAGGGUCAGUCAGUGUGUGCAGCGUUUCUGUUCUUCUGCUGCUUCCUGGCGCUUGCACUGAGAACAUUGCUUGUGUGGGAGAACAAGAAGCUUGACCAGAAGUACGGAUCGAUUGCUUUACAAAAGCUGGCCAUGCGAGACGCGGCUGCCCGAGGAGAGAGCGAAGGACAGGAGGUUGCUGUGGAGAACUAUGGACCUUGGUUCAGGUAUGUUCUGUAA